GCUAUGCGAAAUUAAAAACGCCAUUUUGUGUGUUUGGCUUUGACACUGGAGCGGUUGUGCGUGUGAUUUGGAAGUGUAACGUAAUUUUGCGUUUUAUUCGCAAAAUGUUGCUCAAAUACUUCGUGCCCGACAUGUCUAAGUAAUAGUAGGUUGCGGAGAGGGAUCGAGCAAGAGUGGCUCGCGUCGAAAUGGUGUAGUGAGCUGUGAGUGAGUGUGUUUUCAUCGAGCGUGUUGCACACUGGCCUUUUAUCGCUAUCUGUCACCAUCUGCUAUUUAGUGCCAUUCAAAAAUUGGUGUUUGGUCUUAUUAUACACGGCCUCUGGAUUACUCUUGAUUCUUCAACGGUUACCAUGAGUUCUCGAAAUAUUCCUUCGGACAAGAUAAAUCUACGCUUGAUUCUUGUCAGCGGUAAGACAAAAGAGUUCCUAUUCAGCCCAAGUGAUUCGGCGGGAGACAUAGCACAACAUGUGUUCGAGAACUGGCCGGAAGACUGGGUGGAAGAGGCUGUUGCUAAAGCAGAAAUUUUGCGAUUAAUAUACCAGGGUCGUUUUCUACACAGCAAUGUUACGCUUGGCGCUCUUGGGCUUCCCUUUGGAAAAACAACAGUGAUGCAUCUGGUUCCACGGGAAAAUCUUCCAGAGCCUAACUCUCAAGGCCUGCUACCUAAUGGAGAAAGGAAAGCAGAGGAGAACACCCGACGAGACUCUUUCACGGAUCGGCAGAAGCCCGGCUGCGAUUUUGGCACCCUACAGAAGAAGGACAUUAGGCUGGAGAGCGGGCGAAGCUUUUGGGUUAAGGUUACAGACAAGGAAGGAAUCCCAUUGGUUCUAAGGGAUUUGGAAAAUUGAUGCGUUACCGAUUGUUAAAGGGACGGCUUUUCUGACUUGUGACGGAAAUAGUGUUCGGAGCCGGCGGAAAUUGCUACCUCCCCCCACGUUUGGAUCUGGCUUGUCCUCACGGCCUUACACACAGAUCUUGAAAUCGCUAUGAAUUUCAGUGCUGGAUGGCCACAUCCAAUUUCAUGCAGUUUCGCAGUUUAUGACGUGGCCACCAAGUGUCGCUGUGAUCGACUGCGCCUUGUGAACUUAACCUCUAAAUUUAACGUUUCACGACGUUUAAUAUUCUAUUCGUAGUGCCGAAGAUUCGUGCGUGGUCGUUAGUUUCAAAUUUUUCGGUCGAAGAAAAAUCAUACUUUUCAAGAAAAGUGUAUGCAACGAAAUGGGAAUGGAGAUCGUGUACUGUCCUGGGUUGUAAUUUCAGUUACAUGUCAAUUUCGGAGUUAUAAUUUUCUCCUCUCCUUCCAUGUACAGCUUCAAAUUUUUUUUCAUGUGUGAUACCGUUAAAAAUCUUGAGAAGCAAGUUUUAAAUUUAAUUACAGUUGGGUUACGCAAUAUACUUGUACUGUGAGAGAGGAUGAAGCAGACAUUUUUAUUAUCUAUCUCUAGAGAGAGAUGAUCGCAGUGUUUUUAUACCAAUUUCUUCACCCUCUUGCUUAAAAUCCAGAGCGCUCGUUACUGCACGUCUAAUCUCCUCUUUGUUAUUCAGCACCCAUUUGAGGGGUACGCGAAUGUGCUCAAAAAGUCUGUCGUAAUGUUUUUCUUCCAUCUUAGGCAGGUCGAAUGGAUUUCAGCAUUUUCAUGCAUGCUUUGAAAAGAUUCUCUCUACUUCAAAUCUUUCGAUACGACAGUGCAAGAGACUUUUUAAAAUAAUUUAUUAAGAUAAUGAAUAGGAGAAACCGUACGGAUAGCCGAGAACCGCUAUUACGUUCAAGGAUCGAGUGACACGCGGUAACUUGGAGGAUACGUUUUAUAAGUAUGGCCUUCUAUAACUUUCUGAUAUACUGAGGAGACGUAGAAACGGACUUUUCCUAAAAUGGUUAGAUUUUCAUGACCUAAAUAACAGUUGAUUAAUAAAUCCGACUUGUUUGUAUGUACAACAUAAAGGGACAUUAAAUAUAGCUUAACUAAGCGGGAGCAGAUAGAAAGUUCUUGUGACGGGAAACUGGCGGAUGUAAUGUCAACGUGCAUAUAGAAUGAUUAACUAUAAGAUAAAUACUAUAAUUUCGAAACAUACCGAUAUUAAAAAGAACCGUCAGGAAAUUACCGAUGUUAUAAAACACAUCGUAUCCCAAAGAAGUUUAGAGUAUUUUUAUUUAGGAAGGAGAUUCGCGCUUAAUUUCCAAACUACGAGUAGGUCGGAUUAAGAUGUCUGUUGCCCUUGUAAAUUAAAAUGCCGCUAGAGUGAGCAAAUGUUGUAGCUUGUUGAGUAGCGUACAUGACCACUUUCAUUAACGCAGUAUAUUGAAAGUAUGGUAUGUCAAGAUCUCGAUGAAAAGAGGGUUUUAGGCUAGUCCGCAUGGAACGUGUGGACUUAUCUUAUGUAUUCGUUCGCUAUCACCGAAUAACGGGGUAAACUUAUUUGUCGUGAGACACAGGCGCACGAAUCAAGCGGUCACGUCUUUUGCGUUGACCGUUGAAAAAAAAUUAAUUUCGCGAACGCGGAAUAUUGAAACUAAAAAGUGCUGGUAGUAAAAUUAGCAGAUGCUACUGUUACAUCUAAAUGCUCAUGAUUUUUCCUGUAAAAUUCGACUGAACAUGUAGUACAAGUUGCUUCGGAUAAAGAAUCUUGAUUAAUUCACAAUUUUGUAUCAGAAAAAAUUAUUACAUUCUUAAAACUAAAGAAAUUUAUAAUAACAUUUUAUUAACUACUCCAAACAAAUCUGUUAAAUUCUAUUGGGUUCCGUCCCAUGUUGGAAUCGAAGGUAACGAGGCUGCCGACGUUCUUGCAAAAAGUUUUACCAACAAAAUUAAUGUCGAUGAAUGCAACAUCCCGUAUACUGAUUUCUUUGAAGUAUUUAAAAAAGAAUGUUUUCUAAAUACUCUUUCUAAAGCUGUGGAAGAAAGUAACACUAAAGGAAACAUUUAUUUUUAUUAUUACUUUUCCACUUCAACUAAACCUUGGUUUGCCAAUAAAAGUUAUUCACGAAAUUAUAUCCCUUCCAUAAAUAGGUGUCGAUCCAGCCAAUACAGUUUAGCAGCCUCGUUAGCUAGAAUUCAGAUAUUAGAUAGCCCUAUAUGUGAAUGUAAAGAAGGUAUUGAAGAUCUAAACCAUAUUAUUUGGCAAUGCUCAUUAUUCGAUAAUGAAAGAAAUAUGCUUCUCAAAAAAUUGUUCAAAUUAAAAUUUCAACUGCCUUUAAGAAUCGAAAACAUCAUCGAUAAACCUAACUCCUUCGCUUGUAAAUUCGUUGCGGAAUUUUUGUUAGCUUGUAAAAAAUCUGUAUAAUCUGUA